AUGGCCUAUGGUUUACCGGAGCACUCGGAGACUUAUGCUUUGCGAAGUACCAACAACUACGAACCCUACCGCCUCUACAAUUUGGAUGUUUUUGAGUACGAGAUCAACAACCCGAUGGCACUUUAUGGAUCAGUGCCCUAUUUGGCCGCCACGAAUCCGAGAAGAACAUUAGGAGUUUUGUGGCUAAAUCCAUCAGAGACUUGGGUCGAUUACGAUAUCUCGAGAGCCGAUUUGGGAGUUGUUGGGAAAUUGGUUGAAACUGAAGAUGAGAGAGCAGAUCGGAUUCCACAAAUCAAUACUCGUUUCAUCUCGGAAACUGGUCUUAUCGACGUGUUCUUCUUCUUAGGACCUAAGCCUCACGAUCUCUUCAGGCAGUACUCAAAAUUGACCGGAGUCACUCCAGUUCCACCGCAAUUUUCUCUCGGAUAUCACCAAUGCCGAUGGAAUUAUAAAGAUGAGAAAGAUGUUAGAGAGGUUAUUGCCAAAUUCGACGAGAACGAGAUUCCGAUGGAUGUAAUCUGGUUAGACAUCGAACACACCGACGAAAAGCGGUAUUUCACGUGGGACAAGGAGAAAUUCCCCGAGCCAAAGCAAAUGGUAGAAGAUGUGGCGAAAAAGGGCAGAAAAAUGGUGCUCAUCGUCGAUCCGCACAUCAAAAGGACAAAAAACUAUACGAUUUACAAGGAAGCAAGAAAAAAAAGGCUUUCUGGUGAAAGAGCUUGGUGGGAAGAAAACUCUCGUUGGCAAUUGCUGGCCCCAGGACUCGUUUGGCUUGAUAAGUAUGAGGGGACGACGGAAGACGUUCAUAUUUGGAAUGACAUGAAUGAACCAUCGGUUUUCAACGGCCCUGAGAUCACAAUGCCCAAAGAUCUUGUCCAUUACGAUGAUCGAGAGCAUCGCGAGGUGCACAACAUGUACGGAUUCUAUCAGCACGAAGCCACUCACAACGGCAUCAGUUCCGAUACUUCUCACGCUGCAACGGCUGGGAUCCCAUUUAUUGAAGCGCGAGUUGCCUAUGAGUGGGCUCAAGCCGGUUGGCUCUUUCAACCGUUCUUC